UAUCUGUUAAUAAGCAUAUAUGCUUCGCUGAACAUCCCUUUCCUAAAGCAAUAGCUCACUUUGAACAUGGAGAGCGGCACUUAAGUAGGAUAUAUAUAGACUGGUCACGCUGGAUUAGUCUGAGCUCGGGGGAUGUCAUUUGGAGGGGGGGGGGGUGUCGCCCCUGACUGUGUUACGGUGCGCUAGCCGCCUUUGCGCUUGUUUCGCUUUCUCGGUGCGCACAUUAGAGCGGCCGACGGGCUGACUGGCGCAGGGAAGCGGACUGCGGCGCUCGCCCACCCUCUCUUCUCCCGGACCGCGGUCCCGGCAGCUGGAUUUCCGGUCGGACGGACUGGGACCGAGCCGUACUCUCCCAGCCCAGCGUCACGGGCGCACUUCGGACGCCUUGGUAUCCAGAUUAUCGGCGUUUCACCGCAGGACCUUGCGGGCCAUUAUGCUGGCAGAGGAUGGACGCCCCUGAAUACCUGGAUCUGGAUGAGAUCGACUUCACCGAUGACCUAGCGUAUUCUGUGACGUCUCUGAAGAAUAUUCCUGAGCUUUGUCGUAAAAGUGAAUCUCAGAGCGAAGAAAGACAAGCUCCGCCCAUAAACUGGAGUCGUGGGAUCAACUCACACGGUGGCAAUGGAAUCAAACCCACAGGCAUUGCCGACGUGCACAGCAAGUUUCGACCCGUCAAACGAGUGUCCCCUCUUAAGCAUCAGCCGGAAGUCCCAGACACAGAGACGGACUGCAAGGGUCAAGGUGAAGAUGGCGGCAAGGAAGAUAGUCCUGACAAGGUGUCCCGGGCGAACGUGUCCCGAGUGGAUGAGCAAGGAUUCAAGGGCAAGAACGUGGGAGGGGAGGAAGUAUUUGGGGAACUGGAGCACUAUGACCUGGACAUGGAUGAGAUCCUGGACGUGCCUUACAUCAAAUCCAGCCAGCAAAUGGGAACCCUUCCCAGGGUCACUCCGGAGAAGAGGCCACCAGUAUCAGCUCCCAGCGACCGAAAUCAAGCAUGUAGAGCCGCUACCCUUCCACAUUCAGAGACCUUAGGGUUCAUGCCCCCAUACUGCGUGCUGUCCCCUGUCAAGUGCCCUGAGAUGCGCAAGUCCAAGUCCAUGGAGUCUGAGCACCUCCGGCAGUCUGUAGCUAGGCACAACCACACCCAGCUGGGCACAGCCACCUCCGAGCUGGAGAAGCUCUUGCCUAGCCGGACCUACCUGGAACCCAGAGCACACAAGCCAGCACCCGUGGUGCCUGGCAGUCAGCCUAAGAUGUUCUCUCUGCCGGACUGCGGCGGUGCCUGGGGCAGCCCCAGGGCUCAUGGAGAGGGCGACGAAGAUGCCAAAAAGGCCCAGAACAUCAUCAGCAUCAUCCGAGGAGGACAGAUCUCUCUUCUGCCUCACCUGGCAGCUGAUAACCUGGAGCUCAUUCGGGACGAGGAGGGGAACAACCUGCUGCACAUCUCCGCUUCCAGGGGCCACGCGGAGUGCCUGCAACACCUGACCUCGCUCAUGGGGGAGGACUGUCUGAGCGAGCGCAACAGUGAACAGCUCACACCAGCUGGCCUUGGCAUCAAGAACGGACAUCUGGAGUGUGUGCGCUGGAUGGUGAGCGAAACGGAAGCCAUCGCUGAGCUCAGCUGUAGCCGGGACCACCCCAGUCUGAUCCACUAUGCCGCACGUUACGGCCAGGAAAAGAUUCUCCUGUGGCUGCUGCAGUUCAUGCAGGAGCAGGCGAUCUCCCUGGACGAGCUGGACCAGCAGGGAAACAGCGCAGUGCAUGUGGCAGCCCAGUAUGGACACCUGGGCUGCAUCCAGACCCUCGUGGAAUACGGCUCAAACGUUACAGUGCAGAACCAGCAAGGAGAGAGGCCUUCCCAGACUGCCGAGCGGCACGGUCACACCACCUGCUCGCGGUACCUGGUGGUGGUGGAGACCUGCAUGUCACUGGCCUCCCAGGUGGUCAAGCUGACCAAGCAGAUCAAUGAGCAAACUUCUGAAAGAGUGACCCUCCAGAACCAGGUCCAGCAGCUGCUGGACUCGCCACAUCGUGACGGCUCCCCGACCCGGCCCCCCAGCUGGUUCAUCCCGUCCAUGGUGCCAUGGCCGGAGAUGACCCUGACAGCAGAAGCAGCCAAUGGGGGCCAGUGUGUCCUACGGCAGCGUGACGUCGACUCGGAUGUGGUGCUGCGGCAACUCCUGGGGAAGGAGAUCGCCGAGAAGGUGUGCAGCCAGGGGAGGCUGACACUGGAGUUCCGCGAGCCGCGCAGGCCGGGGGCGGGGCCAGGGGCGGGGCAAGGGGCGGGGCCUGCUGGCCGGCGGGAGCUCAAGCUGGCUCGGCUCAAGCAGCUGAUGCAGCGUUCGCUCAGCGAGUCGGACUCGGAUGCGUACCCGGCCGAGGAGCAGAAGCAGGGCGUAGCCGCCGGGCGUGCCGAGAGACCCCGCCAGUUGGCCCUUGCUGAGAGCGAUGAAGCCUCCUUCCUGGCCAAACGGAACGGCUCUGCAGCUGAGCGCAAGCUCUCCUUCGUCCACGGUGCCUCCAAGUCCAUGGACGGGUACAACCCCUCACCCACCUCGGAUAGCAGCGACCACGACCGCGAGCCCAAGCCAGAGACGCCGGGGGGCGGCCAAGAGCAUGCGGACAUGCAGAAGGCCACCACCAGCCCCAAGAGUGCGCUGAAGUCGCCGUCCUCCCGGAGGAAGCCCUCCCAGACCCCCAAGCUCAGGGUGACGUUCGACGAGUCGCUCGCCCACAAGGGAGGGCAGGACACAGAGACCAGGGGCACCCAUGAGAAAGGAGGCGGGGCCAGGACCGCAGGCGGCUCCGAGGUGGGGGAGGUGUGGAAGCGCCCGUUCGGGACCUUCCGCUCCAUCAUGGAGUCGCUUGGUGGGAAUCAAAACAGCAACAACAGCAAUGGCCAGUGCGCUGCCCAGGCGAAGCAGCCCAGUUCGGGGUUGGCACAGGGCUCGCCUGGCCGGAAGGCAGCAGCGGAUGCUAAAGCCAAUCCCUCCAGCCUCUCCAAGUCCAAAAACAAGAGCAGCGCUGUGUAGACCGUGCCUUUGGACACUUUGUUUCACAGGCAAGGCAUUCAGCUAGUGCAGUAUAUCUGAACCCAGUCCUCAGGGAGCCCAUGACAGUCCACGUUUUAGCUCCCACCCAGCUCCCAGCACACCUGUGCCAGCUAUUCAGUGUUGAUUGAUUGGUUCAGCUGUGCUGGGAGCUGAGAGGGAGCAAAAAUAUGGACUGUCUUGGGGUCCCUGAGGACAGCGUUGGGAAACACUGCCCUAAUGAAAGGCCAACGUGUGUUUUGUUUUUUCACAACGAACAACGGCAGGUCUUGGGGGAUUCCCCCGGCUGCCUUGGGCCCAUCCCAGAGCUGUAGGGCUGAGUCUGAGUGCACGGCGCCCCCAGCUUCCCGUCUGUGGCUAACUGGAGACUCACGGACCAGCUGCUUAUGGACCCCCACCCUGCAUCAUCUACUGUUACUUUUUACCCAGAUUUCAGUUAUUUUGGGGAUCAGUAAUUUCCUAGUGAAAUAUAUAUUUUUGGACUGUUUUGUAUUUUAUAUUUACCCGUCGCCUCAACACUUCAGUACCGUCUUCUUUUUUUUCCAAGGAUGCACCAGGAAAGCAUUUCCUUUUCAUUUUCGGAGAUCUUCCAGUAAACUUCAGUGAGAUACCAGCAGGCCUGCCUUACGCCACUCUUGAUGCCAGUUAUAGUGACACUGUUGCUAAGUUAUUUCCUUCACCUAGUCAUCAGCAGAAAGUGAUGUGGGACAAGCGUUGAGAGGGAUGAAUGGCGUGUGACUCAAAGCCGGGUGGCAUAUUCAUCGCUCUUCAGUUUAUUUUUGUGCAUGCGUGUUCUCAAGAAACCUGACUGACAAAGUUAGGGGGUCGCGUACCCUGUGACAGUUUGUACAUUUUUAAAUGUUUUCUUUUCUAAUCUUUUAUAAAGGAACAACGCUAAUCA